AUGAACUACUCCUCCGAGAACACGGAUUUGAAACGUCUACUCACAUCGUGGCACUGUGAAAUACUUUACAAUUUGUUUCGUGAUGAAGAAAUUUCCAUUGAAGAGCUGAAACUCAUUAAAAAUCGCCACCUUCGACAGUUGUUAAAAAAUUACAAAAUGGGUGUACGAAUACGUUUCGAACAUUAUUUUGAAAUAUGGCGAAAUCGUAUUGGAAUACCAUUUCAAGGUGAAGAAGACUCUAAAUGUUCCUGUAACUGUAAAACCGAACGUUUGGCAAAUAUAACUUACAAUGGACAUGCGAUGUUAUACGAAACAAUACCCAAAGAACCCAUGCCGAUUGAAGGCCCCCAACCUGCAAUUAAACCCCCAACAUUUUCACAGGAAAAUAUUAAUAUUCAAAAUCAAGAAAUUCUUCCCAAAUAUGAAUUGCGUUCCGCAACACAACGACGUUUCGCCGAUGAUACUAUGCAAUCGGAUAAUGACGAUGGUAGUACCCAUGGUGGCGAUCCUUUGCGCCAUAAAAUCCCCUGUCCCUAUAAUUUACCACAAAUCCUGCAAAUGUCUGGAGAUCGUGGCAUAGCCAUCGUUAAAUAUUAUGAACAGCAUCAGGGUUUCACCACUUCUCAGCGAUCGGAACUUAUACGAGUCAUUUGUGAUUUCUUUGAAGAACAUGAAUAUAAUCUAUCGCUGCAAAUUAGCUAUAAAUUGGAGCGGGAAAUUUUCCAAAUGUUCCCCAGUGAAAAGUUGCAGUAUUAUCGUACGGAAAAGCGGGGUAAAAUCUAUGUCCGAUUUGUGAAUAUGAAAAGGAUGCGAAAACAGCGUAGCGAACGAAAUAUUGAAACGCACACUACUACUCCACAACGUGAUGUGGCGGGGAAAUUGGAUGAGACAUAUGAAGAUGAAAAUAUGACAAAUUUCGAUGCCUGGUCAGAGGAUGCUGGGGAAAAGGAAGAUAAUGUGAAACCUGAUAUAAAUAAUUAG